ACGGCCUUUUUAUCCAAUAGCAGUGCGAAUCCGAGGGUAGGUCCAUUAACAAUUCUUUACAAUUGUAUUAUUGUAUAUAUAUACAGCGUAUAUGUUUUGUGCCAAAUGCCAUCCAAUGAAAGGAAGAAGAAAUUUCCCAAGCCCACUUGGUUUCUUUCACCCAUUAGUCUGCAACAAUAGGUUUUGGCAGUUGUGGGUUCAUAUGGAAUUCUGAAACUCAAAAACACCCAUUUCAUAAUAAAUUCUGAAUUUCAAACACCCUCUUCAUCCCAUUGUGACUAGGUAUUGAGAUUCAGGCACCCACUUGGUCCAGUUUUGACUAGGUCUUGAAAUUGAAACACCCACUCGGUCCAAUUCCGACCAUCUUUUGAAAUUCAAGCACUUAUUUGCUCAAUUGUAUAUAGGGUUUGUUGUCUGUAUUGAAUACAUGCCUUGGCUUUUCUCGCGUCAUUGGAAUUCAAUCUUAUGAAUCAGAUAUGGAGUUGGGGACGGCAUUCAAGUAACGAGCAUGAUCCACAUUGGCUUUUGGGGUCUAAAAUUGAGACCUUCUGGCUGAUAGUAGUGGUGGAACUGGCUGGUGUUAGCAGCAGCAGCAGACAAUGCUGAGAAAACAGGGAUAAGAUGGCAUCGGACAUGGACAGUGUAGAACAAAUAUGUGAGAAGGUUGAGGUUCUUGAAAUUAAUUCAAAGCCUAGUUCGGAUGCAGAGGAAAUAGGAACACUGCAUAAGCUUUCAAAUGUCGGCAAAAGAGAUACAGAAACAAGGGUGUCUGAAUUACCAUCGACUUCACAACCUAUAGUUGUCGACGCUGGGAAUGAUACUACUUUGUCUGCACAUGUUGGACCUGAUGGCCAUUCUGCUUCACUAGUCUAUUCCUAUGGGGUGAAUAAUCCACACAUACUAGGGACAAAUGGAUAUCAGCAGUCCACAUUUGUAAAUGACUUUGGCUAUCAUUUCCCGGUUUAUCAGAAUGAAGCUGCUUCCUUUUUGUAUCCCUCGGUUGAUGGUGGGCACCCACUUCAGACCUUUUACAGCCCUGGAGAGACACCAAUCACACCACUUGGCACAGAAAAUGCUUAUUAUGGUUAUCAGUCUCAACAUCCAGGUUCACUUUAUCAGCAAGUUGCUUAUCCAGAGUAUCAGUAUUGGACAUAUCCAUCGGAUAAUCCACCAUUAGAAGCUGUAAUGCCAGGUCUAGAAGAUUUAGGAAUUCAAGGAGCGUAUGUCCAUGGCAUUCAAAAUGGUAACAACUAUGUCUUUGAGGGUAGACCUGGAUUGCAGUCCUAUUUAAUACCAUCCCAUGGUUCUUAUGGCAGAGGUGUUCUGCCUGCUGCUUUCACAAGUUCUGUUCCUGUAGAAGUUACCAAUUAUGAAAGACCAGGUAUGUCAUAUUGGCCAGAUCCAAGAAAUGCUGGAAAUUCUCAAAGCAAUGGUUUUUCAUCUGGGAUGCAUGCAACGAUUGGCCAGUUUGUCCCAGCUCUUCAAUUCCCACCUACACAGCAAGCAGUUUAUACAUAUCCUGUCCCUGCAAAUCUGCAUCCACAGCAUGGUCUCCCUUUUGGUGUUCCAUCUUCCUCCACCCAAGUGAGAACAGGCGAUGGUUUGAUACCAUAUCAAGUGGAAAUGAGAGACAAUGACCCAGAAUGGGUAAUUCACAACAAGAGGUUGGUUGGGAAUCGGAACUACAGUGAUGAUGGCCAACGAGUUCAUGGUGGCUCAAGUGAUGCAAUACAACAUCCAAGGAGGAGGCCCAUUAAUGAGGAACUGGCAUCAAGUAGGCAGUCUAAAGGAAAAAGUCUGUUUUCUGACAGAGUUAAUGAAAUCCUUAGUGUCCUUGGAGGCAUGAAUAGUUACAACCGUUCUGAUUUUAUUACCAAGUACCAUGAUGCGUUUUUCUUUGUUAUCAAAUCUUACAGUGAAGAUGAUAUUCACAAAAGCAUUAAGUACAAUGUCUGGGCAAGUACACCAAAUGGAAAUCAGAAAUUAAGUCAAGCAUAUCAAGAUGCACAGUUGAGAGCUGGUGACAAACCUGGAGCUUGUCCAAUAUUUUUGUUCUUCUCUGUGAAUGGAAGUGGUCGGUUUUGUGGUGUUGCUGAAAUGGUAGGACCUGUGGACUUCACCAAAAAUAUGGAUUUCUGGCAGCAGGAUACAUGGACCGGGUGUUUCUCAGUGAAAUGGCAUAUCAUAAAAGACAUUCCUAACUCUAAGUUGCGCCAUAUUAUACUUGAAAAUAAUGACAACAAGCCUGUUACAAAUAGCAGGGAUACUCAGGAGAUACAUCUUCAGGAGGGCCUUGAAAUGUUGGACAUCUUCAAGAACUAUCGGUCACAGUCCUCUAUUGUUGAUGAUUUUUAUCUUUAUGAAAGCCGUCAAAGGGCACUGCAAGAAAAUCGGGCCAGACAGAAGGCACAGCUUCAGGCUGAACAGGUUGAGAAUCUUAGCAUGGAACAAUUCUCAGUUGGUUUGAACAGAAAAGCAGAUUUGAAGAGUGACACCUCACAGUCCAGUUUCGUGCACCCUCAGGAAUAGUGCUUUGGGCUAGUGCAUAUGAGCUGAAAGCGAGAGAACAUUUUCUCAUCAACAAUUUAUCAAAGCAUGACAAUCAAUCAUCUGUUUUAUAGACAUGACAUAAUUUAUUGAUGAUUUGAGUGUACAGUAUUCAUCCAUUUUGAUUCCAGAGGUUCAGCUUCCUGGAGAAGGGAUGAAGCCGGAAAAUGUAUAUGCUAUUCUGCGGGGUAUCUGAAUGUUUUUGCUUAAGUUCUUCCUUAAUGAGCCUAAGAAUUAUUUCAGUUGAACAAGUCCUUGUGCAUGACAGGGAUCCUCAGGGAAGUGAUCUGUUUGAUGCAUAUGAUAGCUUCACAAAAAACCAUUAUCUAGAUAGUUUUGAAAUCUGUAUACAGUCUGUGAUGUGCUUUUGAUGGUAAAUUGCAUCUACAAGACAUUGAUAUAAACAAAAAAUGAAAUUAAAUGUAAUUUCCUUACAAAGGCUUUUUAGCA